UGAAGCAGGAAGUCAGAGUGAACGAAGUUUCGUGAAGCAACGAAGUGUGUAUUUUCAAGGAACGCGUGAAAAAAAUUGCAUCUAGAAGCAUUUGAACUUCAUAUUUUCGAUUUCUUGUCCUGCAUUAUAGAUUUUUUAACAAAAUCCAUCCGCUAUAAUGUAGAGAAUGACGAUUUGGACGCUAGACGCUCAUGGCUGACAAGAAUGUGCAACGAAGCAGUUUCUUGUUUUAGGAGGUUUUACYCAGAUUUCGCUGUACGUGAAGCUUCUAACAGACUGCAUGUAGAAGACAGACGUACUUGCAUAUCUGGAAAUUAUUGAAAAUGGAUGAAGAGGAAAGGAAUUACUGCUCCUUGAUACUACUCCUUUCAAGGGUAGGGCUGCCAAAGUUACGAGAUUUCUUCAUAAAUGAAUGGAAUUCUGCUGGGGGAUUUGUUCCUUGGACAGAUUGCCUUCAGAAUGGUACAGAUUUGUUAACGAAGUUCACUCCACUUAAUUAUGAAAAACCCAAAGUCCAGUCAGGUGACACAACAACAUGGGAUUUGUCUCUUUUUGUCAAAGCUCUGUUGAAUUCCAGACCUCCAUUUGUGCCUACCACCAAGAAAGGUUUAGUUGCUGGAUUGAAAUGCUUGAAAAAAACAAGAAACAAACUUUGCCACUCACCGAAUGGAAAGAUUGAAAACUCAGAGUUUCACAAUCUUAAAAGCUCUGUGUGCAACUCAYUGAUGUUGAUUGGUGCUUCAUCAAAAGACUUUAAAAAAGUCAAAAAAGAUGUGCAGCUACCAUGGAAUGAAUUGAUUUCUCUGGUAAAACAAUGUGCAUCWCAAGACAAAGACAUCCUUCAAGGAAUUGAGACAAUAAUAAACAGACUUGAAAGGCUUCAAAAGGGGGUGGACGAGCUACAACAAGGCCAAAAACAAUCACAGCAAACACAAGAGGAGAUAUUACAAGAGAUUAAAAACCUCCAGAAGCCAUCAACAUCGGCACCCUCAACCCUGUCAUGUGAAGAUGUUAAGCUUUAUUCAGAAAGAUUAAAAUCAUCAACAAAAACUCAAACAGAAUUCCAACCCAAACUGUUGGUCAGCCAUUCUGUGCCAAGCACCAGAACAGAUGACAUAUUCACCAAUCUCAUGAUCCAACGUGAAUGGAAACCCUUGAAUAGAUCUAAAACUAGGCUCUCUAGAAGGGAUCAGCUGCAAGAGUACAACAAACCAAGUGCUAAACAGCUAAUUGAUAAAUGCCAAGACAUGUUCAUCAACCCACCAGACCAUGAUAAUCCCAAUCCAAAGUCCAUCCUUGUGAUUGGAAAACCAGGCAUCGGAAAGUCUCUGUUUUGUCAAAGGCUUUCUAGAGAUUGGGCUGAUGGUGUGUUAUUUGACAACAAUCCAGAUGCCUCAAGAGUGGCAGAUGAUUUUGACUUUGUGUUUCUAAUGACAUUUAGGCAGUUGAAUCUCUUUUGUGAAAAGCAGUUCAAUUUCUGUGAAGUCUUAAAUCACUGCUCUGUGGGAGAUGACCGUUCAAAAGUCAGUGAACCCUUGUUUGAGUACAUUAUUGAACAUCCAGAAAAGGUCUUGUUUAUCCUUGAUGGAUAUGACGAGUACUACGAUCGACCCAGCAUAUUUCAAUGCCCAUUUGAACAGAAGUAUGAAAACAACCCACGACUGAAGAUGCCUGUAGCUGCUUUGAUUUCCAAACUCUUGCAAAAGAAGAUAUUUAGCAGUGCUGUUGCUAUGGUUACAUCACGUCCAACUGAAGCUGAUGAGUUGGGGGGAAUUCACAUGGAAGCAGUAGUGGAAAUAGCAGGGUUUUCUGUUGAACAAGUUAAAGAAUUCAUUGAAAAGUACUUCAAGUCAAAGAAGGAAGAAGUGAAGAUUGCUGCAAGAGAUCACAUCAUGAACAAUGAAAACUUGCUAAGCAUUGCACACAUUCCUGUGCUUUGUCACCUGAUGUGCUUUUGUCUUGAAUGGUAUGUUACAGAAAUGAAUUGCCAUAGUCUAGCGUGUAUCUUUUAUUUUCAGUAACAAACAGACUUGAAA